AUGCCUCCAAAUUCAAAAUAUUUACCUCCCUUCAGUUUGGAGCAGCAAAUGGUUCUGGCCCUGGUUCCUAAAAUCACUGCCAUUCCUUCCAUAGUCGGUUCAGUGUACAUUGUUCAGCAUGUUUUGAGAUCAAGCAAGAGACGCCAACGAACCUACCAUCGGCUCUUGGCUGCCAUGUCGACAAUGGACUUCAUAUACGCAAUCAAAACCUUUGUCAGCACAUGGCCGAAUCCAGAGGGAACUGGAUAUUUGGCAAGUGGGACAACUGAAACUUGCGAAGCAGCUGCAGUGUUGGGACAUGGCGGCUCCUUGUCAAGCAUCCUCUACAAUGGGUCUUUGACACUGUAUUACUUGUUGACGAUUGCAUUUUCCUGGCGACUUGACAAAAUCAAAAGAAUAGAGCCAUUUCUGCAUGGGUUGCCCUUGGUGAUUGGUUGGUCCACAGCGUUUGCGACCUUGCCAAUGAAUCUCAUGAACCCCAUUGGUUGGACUUGCUGGAUAGGUUCCUUUCCUGUGAGCUGUAUUGUCAACCCCGACAUAGAAUGUACAAGAGGAGAAAACUCAUCAAUAUAUCGCUGGGUGUUCUUUCAUGCUGAAUUGUGGGCGUGCUUCCUAUUUUCAGCUUUUGCAAUGCUGUAUAUUUAUUUCAGACUGAGAAAGAACGAAGUUGCAAUCCGAAAGUACGAAUAUGAAGCACAAGCAGAUGCAGAUGCAGAACCAGACCGAUCUGUUGAAAAUGACGAAUCCGCACAACCACAGAGCGGAAGGAGUCUAAUAUUACAGAGUGGAAGGAGCCUAAUGACGAGUCGAAGGACUACAACGGGUCGGAAUGCAACAUCGUCAAGGAAACAGAAAAGGCACAAUCUAUCACAAAGGUUUGCGUCUCAGGCAUGGUUCUACAUUUUGGCUUUCUGCCUAACAUGGAUCUUUCCAAUGAUCACAUUUGUCAUUGCAGAAGUAACUGGAUAUCUCUACUUUCCUCUGUUGGCUACUACUGUUGUAUUCAACCCCAUGCAAGGUUUCUUCAAUUGCCUUAUCUACAUCAAGCCUCGUUACAUGCGAUACCGAGAAGGACUGCGCGUCGGAGCAAACGUGCCACCCAGUGCACCCUCUCAGAUACAAUGCUUCAGAAGUGCACUCGAUCUGGACGCUAUUGAUGAUGAAGAAGAACUGGAGCAAAUAGAAGGCGACGAUUCGGAAAAAGAGACAACCCAAGAACAGGUCGAAAAAUUUUCCGAUAGAACCACAGAAUGGAAAGAACAAGCCCAAAAGAAAGGAAGCAAUCAGACGACGAAUAAUUCGAGGUAA